AUGGCUGAGCGCCUAAUUCAGGCCUCCCGGCAACGCCGGGCGAAAGCCAUGACGGCCGCCGCGGGUUUGGCGGGCCAAGCCGCGGUGCCUCUGCUGCUGUGCGCGCUGCUGGCACCCAGUGGCGCGUACGUGCUCGACGACUCCGACGGGCUGGGCCGGGAGUUCGACGGCAUCGGAGCGGUCAGCGGCGGCGGGGCAACCUCCCGACUUCUAGUAAAUUACCCAGAGCCCUACCGUUCUGAAAUACUGGAUUAUCUCUUUAAGCCAAACUUCGGUGCCUCUUUGCAUAUUCUAAAAGUUGAAAUAGGUGGUGAUGGGCAGACAACAGAUGGCACAGAGCCCUCCCACAUGCACUACGCAUUAGAUGAGAACUAUUUCCGAGGAUAUGAAUGGUGGCUAAUGAAGGAGGCUAAGAAGCGAAACCCUAAUAUUACACUCAUAGGGCUGCCGUGGUCGUUCCCUGGAUGGCUGGGGAAGGGCUUCAACUGGCCUUACGUCAAUCUUCAGCUGACAGCCUACUACAUCGUGACCUGGAUUGUGGGGUCCAAGCAUUAUCACGAUCUGGACAUUGAUUAUAUCGGAAUUUGGAAUGAGAGGGCAUUUGACAUUAAUUAUAUCAAGGUGUUAAGAAGAAUGCUGAACCAUCAAGGUCUCCAGCACGUGAAAAUCAUAGCGAGUGAUAAUCUCUGGGAGCCCAUUUCUGCUUCUAUGCUGCUCGACCCUGAGCUCUUGAAGGUGAUUGAUGUAAUAGGAGCUCAUUACCCUGGGACACUUACAGUAAAGGACGCUAGGUUGACUAAGAAGAAGCUGUGGUCUUCUGAAGAUUUUAGCACUGUAAACGGUGAUGUGGGUGCAGGCUGCUGGGGUCGUAUAUUGAAUCAGAAUUACAUCAAUGGCUACAUGACUUCAACCAUUGCUUGGAAUUUGGUGGCUAGUUACUAUCAGCAGUUGCCGUAUGGGCGUUGUGGACUGAUGACUGCCCAGGAGCCAUGGAGUGGGCACUAUGUAGUAGAAGCUCCUAUCUGGGUAUCAGCUCAUACCACUCAGUUUACUCAACCAGGUUGGUAUUACCUGAAGACAGUCGGCCAUUUAGAGAGAGGAGGAAGCUAUGUAGCUCUGACGGAUGGCUUAGGUAACCUCACCAUCAUCGUUGAAACUAUGAGUCAUAAACAUUCCAAGUGUAUACGACCACUUCUUCCCUAUUUCAAUGUGUCACAUCAGUUUGCUACGUUCGAUCUUAAGGGUUCUUUUAGUGAAAUACCAGAGCUGCAGGUGUGGUAUACCAAGCUCGGAAAACCACCAGAGAGGUUUCUCUUCAAACAACUGGACUCUCUAUGGCUCCUCGACAGCGGUGGCAGCUUCACGCUGGAGCUGCAGGAGGACGAGCUGUUCACCCUCACCACGCUCACCUCCGGCCGCAAAGGCAGCUUCCCGUCGCCUCCGAAGUCCCAGCGCUUCCCGUCUGUCUAUGAGGAUAACUUCAACAUUGAUUACCCGUUUUUUAGUGAAGCUCCAAAUUUUGCUGACCAGACCGGGGUGUUUGAAUACUACGUGAAUAUGGAAGACCCCGGAGACCAUCGCUUCACAUUGCGCCAGGUUCUCAAUCAGAGGCCCAUCACGUGGGCUGCCGACGCCUUCAACACCAUCAGCGUUAUCGGGGAUUACACGUGGUCCAAUCUGACUGUAAAGUGCGAUGUGUACAUAGAGACCCCUGAGAAGGGAGGCGUGUUCAUUGCUGGAAGAGUCAAUAAAGGUGGUAUUUUGAUUAGAAGUGCCAGGGGGGUUUUCUUCUGGAUUUUUGCAAAUGGAACCUACAGAGUCACAGGCGAUCUAGCUGGAUGGAUCAUAUAUAGUUUAGGACAUGCUGAUGUUACAGCAAAAAAAUGGUAUACACUCACUUUAACUCUGAAUGGUCGCUCCUCCUCCGGCAAGCUGAAUGGCAAGACCCUCUGGAAGAACAUCUCUGUGAACUUCCCAGGAAACGGCUGGGCCGCGAUUGGGACUCACUCCUUUGAAUUCGCGCAGUUUGACAACUUCCGUGUGGAAGCCUCACACUAA